AUGCAGAUCCUAUUGAAUGAGCUGCAAUUUGAUGAAGCAUUCAUUACACCACUUCUGGAGUACCACCUUCAACCAAUUACUGCACUGCUGUACCCAGAACAUUGGGGAGGACAACUAGAUAGCCACAAGGCUUUUGUGAUCAAGUAUUCAGUGGAUGAAGACCUGGAUUUAAGCACUCGUUAUAAUAAUGCAGAAGUAACUCUAAAUGUAUCACUUGGGAAAACAUUUACAGAAGGAAACCUGUAUUUUGAUGAUAUGAAAGAGAUUCCACUGUUGUCUGGGUGUGUACAGGUCACACAUACUGUCACCCAGGGGUUGUUACAUAGAGGAGGACAGCUUCAUGGCGCAUUUCCUAUUGAAUCAGGAGAAAGAUGGAAUCUUAUUGUGUGGAUGAGGUCAUCAUCUGUCCGUAACCAUCUCUGUCCCAUGUGCAACAGGAAUCCUAACUUAGUGGAAGCAGUAGGAUUUGGAGAUGGCUUUACAAAUGACAAUGAAGAAAACAAUUUUGAGACACUAGAUGUUUGUAUUUUAAUCUGAGCUAGUUGAACAUGGGGUCUCACCUUGAGUUUGGUUAUAGAGUAUAAUGUUUGUCAAGUGCACAAAUGCACUUUUAAUGUGAGGUCAUUCACAUGUAAUUAUCAUUACUGAUAAGGAAACAUCAUGAAAAUGCUAAAAAUUGUAUGGGCAUUGAGAUUCUUUUUGGAAUCAUUUGCACAGUUCUGGAGACUACUUUUGUAUGAAGACUGAAGAUGAUGGCUUCUCUGCAACCAUGCUGUUUGUCACAGGACCUACGGUUUGCUGAUGUCCAUUGUCAGAGAGCUGAGAUUUUGCUUGUUUUGUCCUCUGUGGCUAGCCUGGAAUAAAAAUAGCAUUUUGGAUAAAUUUUUAAACAAAAGUCAAUAAUUAUUCUGAGCAUAUGUACACCAAGAAAGUAAUAUAUAAUACAGAAUGCAUACAUACAUGUAUAUAAACACUUUUUUAUUCAAA